CGUCCAUUUUUAAAUUUUAGUCUGCUGUGAGGCACCAAGUGAGACGGACGUUUCGUGUUGAAGCCAUAAACAAGUUGGAACAAACUUUAGAAAUGGUGAAAGUGGACGUAGAAUACACUAAGUUGUUCAUCAACAACGAAUGGGUGGACGCUGUUAGCAAGAAAACUUUUUCUACAAUCAACCCUCAAGAUGAAACUGUAAUUGCGCAAAUAGCUGAGGGAGAUAAGGCUGAUAUAGACUUAGCUGUUGCAGCUGCAAAAAAAGCGUUCCACCGCUACUCAGAAUGGCGCACUAUGGAUGCAUCGCAACGUGGGCGGCUCAUACUGCGACUGGCAGAACUCCUAGAAUCACAAGCUCGUUAUUUGGCAGAGCUUGAAACUUUGGAUUGCGGGAAGCCAGUCAAAGAUGCUGAAGACGAGGUCUAUUUCUCUGCCAGUGUACUCAGAUACUAUGCUGGAAAGGCUGAUAAGAUCAACGGAAAUACAAUUCCUGCAGAUGGUGACGUUUUGUCUAUGACGCUGAAGGAGCCCGUGGGUGUGUGUGGCCAAAUAAUACCUUGGAAUUAUCCCAUUCCAAUGUUCAUAUGGAAAAUAGCCCCGGCCUUAGCUGCAGGUUGCACAUUAAUCGUCAAGCCAGCUGAGCAGACACCAUUAACGGCACUUGCAGUAGCUGCUUUAAUUAAAGAAGCGGGCUUUCCCCCGGGAGUAGUGAAUGUUGUACCCGGAUAUGGUCCUACAGCCGGGGCUGCGCUUACCCAUCAUCCUGAUGUGGACAAAGUUGCUUUUACUGGAUCCACUGAGGUUGGAAGAAUAAUUCUAGGUGCCGCUUCGGCUGUUAACCUGAAACGUGUGACUUUGGAACUUGGCGGCAAAAGUCCGUUGGUUAUAUUCAAUGACGCCGAUGUGGAAAAAGCAGCCCAAAUUGCUCAUGCAGCCGCCUUCGCCAACGCUGGCCAGUGCUGUUGUGCUGGUACAAGGACCUACGUACAAUCUGGAAUCUAUGAUAACUUCGUCAAGAAGGCAGCUGAAAUUGCACAGAAAAGACGUGUCGGCAAUCCCUUCGAUGCCGUUCAACAGGGACCACAGAUCGACAAAGAAAUGUACGACAAAGUAUUGAGCUAUAUUGAAGCCGGCAAAGCAGGAGGAGCAAAAUGCAUAGCUGGAGGAGAUAAACUUGGAGAUAAAGGUUAUUAUAUCAAACCUACUGUCUUCGCUGAUGUCAAAGAUGACAUGAAAAUUGCUAAGGAAGAAAUUUUCGGUCCCGUUCAGAGCAUCCUUAAGUUCGACACGUUUGAAGAAGUCAUUGACCGUGCCAAUGACACCAACUACGGUUUGGCUGCUGGAGUCAUCACAAACGAUAUUACAACGGCCAUGACUUUUGCCAAGUUUGUUCGCGCUGGAUCUGUCUGGAUCAAUACAUACGACCACGUCACAAGUCAGACUCCUUUCGGUGGCUUCAGAGACUCGGGUCUUGGAAGGGAACUAGGUGAAGACGGCAUUAAUCAAUAUUUAGAAACCAAGACUGUAACUCUGGCAUUACCUAAGAAACCUCAGCUUUAAAAUAUAACAAACAUAUUUUUGAUAUGGUGCCAAAUUACGUCAUAUAAUUAUAAUAAUUUUUCUUGUAUCUAUUUUAACCUGUUUAUUAAACUGUACUC